ACCCCAAAACCCCAAAACCCCUUCAUCUCCUCUAAAAAUAAAAUUAAACCAAUCCUAAAAUGUCUUCUAGGAACUACUCAGGCUUGCACAAAACCCAACCUACAAUAAAGAUGAAGUACAGAAUAAAAAAGUCUUCUCAAAAGCUAAUGGCACAAAAUUCUGCCCAAAAAUUAGCCUAUAAUCUUAUUUCUCCUCAAAAAGUCUCUAAAACAGAUCAAAACCUUCUAAAUUCUCAAAACCUGAAUAUCCCGUACAAAACCUACCUGAUCAGCAAACCGACUAAGGAGAAUUCCAAAAUCGCCAGCUUCCUUCUACGCAAAGGCCGCGAGAAAUUCAAACUCGUUGAGAAAUCUCUCAGUCAACCAAGUUCUAAAUCUCUCAAUGAGGCAGUACAAAGAGCCUUAUGAGGCAACGUCCAGACUUAUCUAGCGUAUAAGUAACAAAGUUCAAGGACUACAGGCGAUUAAGGGAAUGGCUAGUGAAUCUGCAGAGUAUGGAGCCUCAACCAAGAAAACAGACCAUUCAGAUAGUAAAGCACUCUCCCCUACUAGGUCAAAACUUAGAUUCAAUUUAUCACUCUCAAAAGGCAAAAAGAAAGCUAAAAAUAAUAACAAAACAGAAAUUCCUAUCACUGACCAAGAGGGACAGCUACUUGUUGAUAAAAUACAAAGGAGGCUUGAACGAAAUAACAAUAAAAACAACAGAUUCUUGCAAGGAACCCGAGCAAAUCAAGCUGCCAGAGUCAUUGAUGCCCAUGAAAAGAACCUUAAACUUUGGAAUAGAAUUAAUAAGUUCCUUUGUAAUAAAAGGUCCAAAACUAACAAGAGAAUCUCAGCCAAGCCAGAAAGAUCUCUACUGAUUGGAAAUCCAAAAUUUAUAAAGAAACUGCAAAGAGAUCAUAACUAUGAGUUGUCAAAGACAUUCGCAGAGCGUAAUGGCAGCUCUUCAUGGGCAUUUACCCUUCGUAAUUCCCAUAAUCAUCAAAACUGAAGUGCAAGUAGCCAAGAGUCAGUUUACAGAAAAUGGUUUCCAUCAUCCAUGGCAGAUCAAUACUCUCAGAUGUCCCAGACGAAAUCUGUGCAUAGCGACUUCAAUAUGACUUUGAAAGAUAGAUCAAUUUUAACUAAGAAUUUCAACCAUCCGGAUAAAAGAGAAGAACCCAUGUCUCUAUGAUCAAAGCCAGAAUACCACUUUGUUAAAGCCUCGAACGACUUGUGGGUGACUAAAAAGCCAAUUGUGAAUCAGGAAUCAUCAAAAAUAUUCAGUUUUAAUUAACUCCACAACUAUGCCAUAUAUAAACACUUCUUCUGCCCCAGACAUCAGCCACCCCCAAUCUUCCACCAAACAAAGUCCUGAACCCCUCAUCAUAAUCGGCUCUAUCCCUAAAAUCCCCUCUAGCAAGAUAAACUCCUAAAUCAGCACUCUCAAAUCCCUAAAAUCCAAACAAUAUUUCCCCAAAACCCACCAAUAUAGUAACAUAGGUGAAGGAGAGCCAGAGGACUACGAACAAAUUCUUAUGCAAGAUUAUUACUAAUUUCCAAAUUUCUUAAUAUUUAGG